AUGGAGCAGAAAGAAUUACAACUAUACCUAAAUAUGUCGUGUUCCAUCUGUCUGGACCUACUGAAGGAUCCGGUGACUAUUCCCUGUGGACACAGCUACUGUAUGGACUGCAUUAAAGAACACUGGAAUGAAGAGGAUCAGACAAGAAUCCCCAGCUGCCCUCAGUGCAGGAAAGAGUUCAUACCGAGGCCUGUUCUGGAGAAAAACAUCACAUUAGCUACUUUAGUGGAGGAUUUAAAGAAAACUGGACUCCAAGCUGCUCCAGCUGAGUUCUGCUGUGCUGGACCUGAAGAUGUGGCCUGUGAUGUCUGCACUGGGAGGAAGAUGAAAGCUUCUAAGUCUUGUCUGGUCUGUUUGGCCUCUUAUUGUGAGAAACACCUCCAACCUCACCAUGAUGUUCCUGGACUGAAGAAACACACGCUGGUGAACCCCUCCAAGAACCUGCAGCAGUACAUUUGCUCUCGUCAUGAUGAGGUGAUGAAGAUCUUCUGUCGUACUGAUCAGCAGUGUAUAUGUUAUCUCUGCACUAUGGAUGAACAUAAAGGCCAUGAAACAGUCCCAGCUGCAGCAGAAAGGGCUGAGAAGCAGAAGGAGCUUCAGGUGAGACGACAACAAAUCCAGCAGAGAAUCCAGGAUCAAGAGAAAGAUGUGAAGCUGCUUCAACAGGAGGUGGAGGCCAUCAAUGUCUCUGCUGAUAAAACAGUGGAAGACAGUGAGAAGAUCUUCACUGAGAUGAUCUGUCUCCUCCUGAAAAGAAGGUCUAAUGUGAAGCAGCAGAUCAGAUCCCAGCAGGAAACUGAAGUGAGUCGAGUCAAAGAGCUUCAGGAGAAGCUGGAGCAGGAGAUCCCGGAGCUGAAGAGCAAAGACGCUGAGCUGAAGCAGCUCUCAGUCACAGAGGAUCACAAUCAGUUUCUCCUCAACUACCCCUCACUGUCAGCACUCAGUGAGUCUACACAUUCAACCACCAUCAAUAUUCGUCCUCUGAGAUACUUUGAAGAUGUGACAGCAGCUGUGUAUUUUUAG